AUGCAACCGCUGCAGCCCACGCGUCGGCGGCGGAGAUGGGAUCUGCUCGCGCUUUGUGUUUUCGUCGCGACCGUCCUUCAGUAUCCCCGCUCCCAGGAUCUCGCAGAGGCCCUUGACGUGCCCAAUGGUCCGCAUCUCGCAAUCGUCAUGCCCUUCACCGCCGGAGACGUUCCCAAGAUCGGCGCGAACCUGCUGGCUUGGGAGGACUUCCCUCCGUGCCCCGGUUCUUUCCUCCCCCGUUCCCGCCCUUCAUUCUACUUCUACGCUAACAAGAAGCUGCCAGACUCUGUGCGGGACGAGAUCGAGGACUUCGUUCGCGCUUUGCCAGGACGUGCUCGACGUUGCUUCCGAGAUUUUCGCUUCGUCAGUGCCGAAAUCCCGCCCGAGCUCGACCACUACGACCCGGAUGCGCGCGACAGCUCGUGGGUUGCCGGACCAAAUGAGCAGUUCUAUCAGCUCAUGUCGAGCAACAUCACGGCGCUCGGCACGACGCACGUCUUUAUGAUGGAGCCGGACACUCGACCCGUUCAGCCAGGCUGGCUAAACCAGCUGGUCAAGGUUGUCGAAGAAGCGGAGCCUUUCUGGAUCCGUGGAUCCGCCUUUCGCCCCGAGUGCGCGCAGCGCAAGACGUCGCAUCUCAAUGCAGCCGAGGACUGCCAUCAGCUCGGCUCCGAGAUUGCCGACCACAUCAACGGCAACGCGCUGGACAACAUUGGCGACCCAGCUUUCAUCAGUUUCCUCGACGCAGUUCGCGCCAGCACGUUCGGUAAAUGGCCAUUCGACCUUGCCUGGCUUCGCUACAUCCGCUCGCCUGAGAAGGAGGCUCUCCGUCGCCGCGUCGCCAAGAACUUCGUCUACACCGACCUGAUUCAGAAUCUCGGACCGCAGACGUUCGCCCUGCACGACUUCCGUCGCGACAACCCCUGGACCUUCUUUGUCCAUAGCGAUACCCCCGGCCACAAUGGUACAGCGUCGGCCAACUCGCUCGAAGCCAAGGCGCUGGCGAUUGCCCCGCUCAUCGAGAACCCGCUCAAAGCGUCACUCUUACCCGCACUCAAGCUCGUCGCCAACCCGCCGACCAACAACGUUAUGCUCGCUUUCGGCACGAGCAACUACCUCGACCUCGUCCGCAACUUCGUCCACUUUGUCCGCGAGGCCGGCAUCGACAACUUUGUCUUGAUCGCGAUGGACGCCGACACGGUGGCAUGGGCCGAGGAGGAAAAGGUGCCGUACUACUCGUACAUCGACGAUGAGGUCGCGACGCUCGGCGGUUCCGACUCGUACAAGUCGGACGGGUUCCGCCGCAUCGUCAACCGCCGCUGCUCGGUCAUCUCGACUGCUCUCCGCGGCGGCUUCAAUAUCCUGCAGUCCGACCUCGACGUCGUCUGGCUCAAGAACCCGUUCCCCUACUUCUUCAACGGCGACUACGAGUACGAGAUCCAGUCGGACGGCCGACGCGGCUUCACCGAGCGCGACCCUGCAGCGCCCUUCCGCGACUUUGUCAACUCGGGCCUCUUCUACGCUCGCGGAACGCCUCGCAUGGCCGAUUUCUACGACAUCCUCAUCCGCACCGUCGCCGAGAACCCGGAGCGGCGCGAACAGCAUCUCCUUAACACGAUUCUCCAGGAGAACGUGCUACGCAUCCACUACCGCAUCCUCGAUCCGACUCUGUUCCCGAACGGCUUCCAGUACUUUGCGCGCGCCUUGCCAACUCGCGCCGGUGUCGAACCUUUCCUGAUCCACAACAACUGGGUCGACGGCAAGUUCACAAAGGAGUACAGGUUCCGGGAGAUUGGCAUGUGGACGCAGGACCCACCCGAGUACUACGACACGACCGAGCGCAAGUACCUCGCCUUCUACGACCCGUCAAUCCCGAACAACGGCUGGAACAACCAGCGCAACUCGCUCCGCGCCGCUCUCGCCAUUGCGCACAUCCUGAACCGCACGCUCAUCCUCCCUCACUUCUAUUCGCAUCACGGCAAGCCCGUCAUCGUCACUCUCGAUUACUUCCUCGACUACGACGCCUUUACCGCGACCUUUCCGGACUUCCGCGAAUCCGCUUUCCUCGACCGCGUCUUUCCCGACCCGCCCGAGCACAUCUUCCAUAUCGACAUCGGCAGGUCGAGCCUCGGACCUCUCCCGCAUGGCGUCCCGCUCAUCACCUUCAAGGCCAAGGGCGAGUACCGCGGCGCGACCGACGAGGAGAUCAAGCAGUGGUUCGCGCCGUACCAGGACGAGACGCUCAUCCGCCUCUCGAGCGCGUUCCGCCGCUUCCACAAGUUCGUCGACCCGGUCGAGAACAAGGCGUUCAAUGACAUGCUGUACACCGGCCUGACACCUGCGCCCUUCAUCCGCAACAUGGCGAGCUUCAUCGCCAAGAAGCUCACCGAGGCAGCCGAGCACAAGACGGGCAGCCCCAAGUUCAACUGCGCCCACAUCCGCCGCGGCGACUUCCCGUCGGUGCACCAGGGCGAGAAGACGACCAAAGAGCUGGCGCAUAUGCUCGGCACCAUGAUGGAGAAAGAUCGCGUUACGUACAUCACCUCGGACGAGUCGAGCAGCUACCCUUUCCGCGACACCUUCCGCCAGCAGUUCCCCGAGGUGCACUUCUGGCCCGAAUACAACCGACCAUGGUUCGAGCACCUCUACGACGACGAGCUCGGCGAGUCGAUGCGUGUCGGCGCCGUCGAACAGCGGGUCUGCGCCUGGGGCGACAAGUUUGUCGGCAACAUCUACCCGACGUUCACGACGCACAUCUGCUACCUUCGCGCUCAGCUCGGCCGCAAGGAGGAAGAUCUGCCGCGACAUCUACGGUCGUAG